AUCAACUCUGUCAACCAGAACCUCAUUCAGACUCUCUCUCUCUCUCUCUCUCUCUCUCUCUCUCUCUCCAUGGACAGACUUGUCAAGCCAGACGUAAAAGAACUAAGCCUAACCUUCACCCCGAACCAAACAUGCACCGCCACCUUCCGCCUGACCAACCUCAUGCACACCAUGUCCGUCGCCGUUUCUCUCUCCACCACCAACCCCUCCUAUCUCUCCUUCCCCCACCCUUUCUCCAUCCUCCCCCCUCUCUCCACAUCCUCCUUCUCUCUCCACCUCUCCCCGUCCUCCCACCCUCCCCUCUCCUCUCCGCCCGACACUGUCCUCGUCCGCUCCUCCAUGCUCCCCACCGGCAAAGCCGACCCCGACAACCUCCUCCGCCUCUUCUCCAAACCUAGUACCCCUCUGGUCUUCAAAGACGCCACCAUACCUAUCUCCCUUGUCGGGCCCCACGUCAUCGAAUCCCUCCUCUCUCCACCAAUUAACAGGACCCUGGAAGUCGGUGAGGGUAGGCUAACCUGGUCACCCGAGUUAUCAAAAAACGGAACCCUAGAAGUAGCUUUUCUUAUGUUGAAAGCGAUUUCCGGGUGUGAUCAAUCCGACCUCACUUCCCUGCUUCGAGCCGCUGCCGAAACCGGACAUCCUCACUUCGUUUCGGCUUUGAUAGACGCGGGAGCGGACGUCAACAACCGAGACUCCGAGGGUAAAUCCGUCGUUUCACUCGCAGUUAGAAAAGGAGACGUGGAUUCGGUUCGGAUUCUAACCGCAUCCGGUUUUAAAAUCGACAACUCGAUGGAUAAUCUUUUACACGACGCGGCGGCCGUGGAUCGAGUCGACAUUAUGGAGGUACUCUGUCUAGGGUUUCAAGACAUCGACGUGAAUUCAGUUGACUCGAACGGUCGAACCGCUCUCCACGUGGCAGCGGUUCGAGGUCAAGUCAACUCUAUUCAAUUUCUCCUUUCCGUGGGCGGAGAUCCAGAUAUCGUGGAUUCCAACGGCUGGGCCCCGCUCCACUUCGCCAUGGCGAAGGGACACGUGGAAGCAGCGGAGUGGUUACUGGAUGCGACGACGUUCGCGAAAUCCGCCAUCACAAAAGAGGGGCUAACCGCCUACGCUUUAGCGGUGGAGAAGGGCCACUCGGAAUUAUACGACUCGUUGCAAUUAAGCGACGUGUUGCAUCGGUCUGCGAGGAUCAACGACGUGAGGGGGAUGAAGAGUUGUAUUGCACAAGGAGGGAAUGUGAACGGGAGGGACCAGAACGGGUGGACGCCGCUGCACAGGGCGGCGUUCAAGGGCGGGACAGAGGGCGUAAAGGUGUUGCUAAGUCACGGAGCGAGGGUGGACGUCGUGGACGAUUGCGGUUACACGCCGCUGCAGAGGGCGGUGGAGGCCGGGCAUGUUAAGGUUGCCGUGUGCUUGAUCGAACAUGGGGCUAGAGGGAAAGCCAAGGGUGGUGGUGUUGGUAAUAAGAAAGGGCUUGGUUUCGAGAUGGUUCCGUUAAAUAGCAAGUGUUUUAAGAGACAUCCUUCUCUUGUGACGACUACCUUGUGUCAAGAGAAUGAAAGGGCUUGAAAUCAAUUUGUUAUGUCUUAUGUGUAUCUUCUUGUAUUUUAUUGAGGGCCGGCAAACAACCCAAACGAGCGUCGGAGGAAUGAACUGUUCAAAUUUGGUUUGGAUAGGUAACAAAUCGAUUUUGGACUACUCCUAGCUUUUGAGGAGUUGAACACGGGUUCGAUUUGAACUUGAACUCGUAUAGAUUGAUUCGUUCAUCAAUCCCUGAAUAAUACGUCACAGUAUUUGUACGUAGUUUGGGGUUUCCAGGUGCUUCAUUUUGGUGUGUAUAUUAUGAGGAGUUGAUGUAUUUAAACAACCCAUGAAAUGAAAUGAGGUUUUAUUUUAUUUUCUUU